GCAGGAGUAAAGGGGCUGAAGGGCCCCUUCCCACUCCGGUUACUUCUGUUGUUUUGCGUCCAGUAUCUGGGGGUGAGAUGCAGGCUGGAAUCUCAUUGAAGUGGUGUCGACCGACAGCUGACUCUGGGGGGAAAAUCACAUCGACACUUUGCAGCAGGGGGCGCUAGAACCACCCAAGGGUGCUGAUCUCCCAGGAGGGGGGAGAGUAGGAGGUGCUAGAACCACCCAAGGGUGCUGAUCUCCCAGGAGGAGGGAGAGUAGGAGGUGCUAGAACCACCCAAGGGUGCUGAUCUCCCAGGAGGAGGGAGAGUAGGAGGUGCUAGAACCACCCAAGGGUGCCGAUGUCCCAGGGUGGCAGUAGGAGGUGCUAGUAGCACCCAAGGGUGCUGAUCUCCCGGGAUGACAGCAAGAGGCGCUAGAAUCACCCCAAGGGUGCUGAUCUCCCGGGAGCCUCGGGCUGUUGGGCGGGGCUGCCGUGAUCGGUGGGGCCGUGUGUGGGACCCUCGGGUCAAGAAGCCCCCACGGGUCUCCGGACCCCCAGCGCCCUCUGCAAACCCUCGUAGGCGCGGAAAACCCUUCGGGACGUCCCGGGACCGGCAGGAGGGCUGCAGGGAUAAUCACCCCUCCCGUGGAGUAUCCGGGCAGGACUCUCACCGGGCGGGGCGUCUCCUAUCCUGAUCCCAACAGAUGCGGAGCUGACAGGGGGAAGUCACAUCUGCAGAGCUGUGGACUCGCCGCGCUUGGAUUCCUCCCAGUAUUUGGGGGGAAUCGCUCCCACCGGAGCGCCUCGCCCCUUCGCCCGGACCUGGUCCCGUGUCCGAGGACUCGCUGGUUACCUGCUGAGCAGCGCGAAUGGGGCAGGUGCGGGUCAUCGCGCUGGCCAGGAGGAAGAUCAGGGUCGGGCUUCUCGUUCUGCUGACGGCCGUGGCCAUCUCGCUCGCCACGUUCAGCCUGGUGGUCGCUGCCCUGUCCUGGGUGGAAUUCCGCAACCUCUCCCGGUCCCUGCAAGGCUGGGGCGACCACGGCCAGCAAGGCGAGAAGUCAGCGGCGCUGGAGACGAUACGGCCCAAUCCCCCGACCAGGCUGGGCUUCCUGCAGGCAUUGCUCAGCAGCAAGGCUGUCCUCCGGAAAAGACGAGAACGCAGCCGAGGUACCGCAGGUUCUGGACCAAAGCACAGAGCAGUGGUUGCAGCUCAUUUUGAAGUGCCUUCUGUUACCGAUAAUGGAAUAUACAUUGUUGAGAAAGGAGGGAUCAUCAGGCAGUGGGCAGAGAGAUCGUUCCAGGCCAGACCCCGCCCCCUGAGCUACAAACAACAUGACGGGCGAGAUUCACGGUGAUGAGGGAAGGCAUCUACUACGUGUACAGCCAGGUCCACUGCGACGACAACACCACCGCCUACCUGAAGCUGGACGUGAAGGUCGACAACGUGGUGACCUUCAAAUGCCUGCAGGGUCUCCCUCCCACCCCGGUCUUCGGGCAACAGCUGACUGUCCACUCCUGCCAGACCUCGGGUCUGGU